UAAAUGUUGAAAGAAAGCUGCUCCAAUUCAUUCAACCAAUGAGCACUCAUUUGCCGAGCCGCACGCUGACGAAGCAUACACAUAUCUUAACAGAAAUUCCAUAAACAAGACAGCGUGGAAGACAAAAGGGAUAUAGGUAGUGAUGCGGUAACCCGUUUAUGUGCCAGUGGCCAGUGUGCCAGUAUUGUCCAAAAGAUUGAUACAACAUGUGGCUCAGCAGCAGCUUGCACAUCGCGUUGCUUGUCCUGGCAGCGCUGGCGUCUCCAACUAUCAGUCAACACGUUCCUCUAAUCAUAUCCAACAAAACAAGCAAUGCCAACAAAGUGCCUACAGACUUGGGGGUCGAAGGAGCUGCUGGUUUUAUGCCUCUCCAGCAGACGUCGGCGAGCGUUUUCUUUACCAACUAUAAUCAGCAAAACGUGAUGCAGCUGCGACACAACAUGGAGAGCAAGCUACGCAGCAUACGCAAUGUGGAGAUGCGAGUGGCCAAAAUACAAGAAAUCUUUGACGCUAUACACUUUACCAGUGCAAACGGAGCGGCACCAGCUCGUCAGUCGUUCACCAACGACAGCGCGCAGGCCAAUCCCCAACUGCAGCGGGAUUUAAAGCUGUUUAGCAAGCGUCUCAGCAAGAAGCUCCUGAAAGCCACCCACUUAGUUCUGGAGCUGCGCGAUCUGUUUCGCUAUAAUCUCAGCAAAGUUCUGCAGUACAGCUACGAUGACGAGGACGAGGAACUGGAGAGUGAGUUUGACAUGGAUUCGGAAAUGGAAGACUUUCAUGCCAAGAAACCAGAUCAAGAAACCCAGAAUCAGCUCUAUUUAAACACCCAAAUCGAGAAUUGUCAGCCUGAUUAUGAGAAUGAUCUGGACACUGCCUCCUCUGCCACGUCCCAGUCUCUCCAUUAUAACAAGCAGCAGAUACAAAUCCUCAACUAUCUCAAGCCGGAUGAUGCGCGCGGCGCAUUCCUGAAUGAAAACAAUGCCCGAUCAUUGGCUGUCAAUGGUUACAUAUCCGAUCAGCUAUUCCAACUCAAAAGGAGGCUCAGCCUGAGCGAUGCAGAAGCCUCAAAUACCAGCGGCAACCACUUCAAGCACAUAUACUUCCUGUCCAAUUCCGAUGGAGCCCCAGCUAGCCUCCACUUCCGACAGCUCUAUGUUUCGGCCAUCAAGCAAAAGUUUGUGCUGCUCCUCAUCGAUGUGGGAUCGGCUCUGAACGCCGAGUUGUUUGAUCUCACUAAAAACUUUGUUCACGAGAUGCUGCAGCUGCUAGAGGACACGGAUAAAGUCUCGCUGGUGACGGUUGCCAGCGAGGCGAACAUUAUGGCUCUGGAUGCCUUCCCGUCGGAAGCUGUGCACGGAGUGUAUGGUGCCACCCGUGCCCACAAGGAAGAGAUACUUAGCUAUGUGAACAGCUUGAGCCGUGCCCACGCUCUAACCAACCAUACAUUGGGAUUCGAGUAUGCAUUUCAUCUGCUCCGACGCCUCCAGAAAUCAGGAAUGCUUAACACAGCGGAGCAACCAGUAGAGUUUGUGUAUGUGACGCGUGGCCUCCUGACCAACUUAUCGGAUGCCAUGGCUGUUCUUCGAGUGGUUGCUGAAGGCCAGGGACACCUCAAAGCCCCAGUGAUCAUCAAUACCUGCGCCGUUGUCCUGGAUGAAAAGCGGAUUAUGUACGAAAAGCAAUUCCUCAGCGAUGUGGCUACCCAGAACUAUACAAAAUACGAAAUUAAUGUGACAAAAUGGUGGCCCAUUGGACAACAGCCCUCUCAGUUGGCUGGGCGCUUCUUUGUGCUCAGUAAAAUGCAUGCGGAGACGUUGCUUCCGCAAACCAGUUCCCGGAUCUUUGGCCAGCUUUUCGUGGAACGAUAUUUGACGGACACGUUGGAGGUCCAUCCUCCCAUUGUGGAUGCAGAGAGCGGAGAUGUUCUGGUCUCUAUAACGCAUGCAGUGCCUCCAUAUGGUGUUGUAGGAGUCAACUUGUACCUGGCGGAUCUGCUAGAGGAUCUGCUCAACUACCCCAGUGCUGCUCCCAGUGCCAGGCAGGGCAGUGGCUAUGCCUUCCUCCUCGAUCGCUCCUCGGGCAACACUCUGGCCCACCCGGCCUUUCCCCGCCCGCUCAUCCAGCGAGAGACCUCGUAUCCCGUGAAUAUUGCUUACCUAGAGAACGCCACGGACUUCUCCGGUCACAUUCGGGAGCGCCUCCUGCACGAGGAGAGUGGCAAUGCCACAACGGAAGUUUAUCUCGGCAAGCAGCGGCUGCAGCGCACCUACCACUGGCAAUCAGUGCUGGGCAUCUACGUGGUGUGCUUGGUGAGUAGUGGCAGCGAUGUCAUGCGGAAUGAUUCCGCGCAACGAUACAACCUGAAGGAUACCGUGUCCAACUACGAGCCUGGCUACUACGGAGAGAGCAUGGACUUGCUAUAUCAUCGGCUGGACCUCGCCCAGGGCGGGACUGCAGUGCCUAAGAUCUGUCGCUACUUCAGACAAAUGGCCACAAUGGAUGCACCCACGCUGUUCCUUAGCGCAGCUGCCUUUGAAUCGCCAUUCGGAUUCCUGCACAACAACCGCCCGAGCACACAGCUCCGACAUGUGGAAAACAUUAUGGCGUAUCUAAAGGAGCCGACCGACGUGCUGGCCAAUCCCGGUCUGCGACCCAGCAUCCGGCAUGAGGUGAGUAUGCUCUACCAGGCCCUGCAGCAGCUGCGUCGUCGGCAUCAGGAUACACGAGGAUCGCUGCGCGAUCACAUCAUUCGACGAUACAUGGCCAGUGUAAGUGGAGUGCUCCAGCUGUAUCCUGGCUGCCUGCUCAGCAGCAGCUACGAUCCCACUCGGAGGCCAUGGUUCCGUCAGGCCAUGGCCCAGCCGGGAAAAAUUGUGAGCACAGCCCCGUAUCUGGAUGCGGGCGGAGCCGGAUACAUCGUCACCCUGGCGCACACCAUCUUCGAGGGCAAGGCGCAUGCCCUCCACUCGGCCCAGCAGGACAGGCCGGUGGGUGUGGUCGCCCUAGAUGUACCGUAUGCCUUCUACUAUCGCCUGAUCCUGGAGAGCACGCCGCUGUGCCAAUUGCCGCACAUGAAAUGCCUGAUAUUCGAACACGAGGGCUACCUGCUGGCCCAUCCCAGCAUGCUGCAGCCGGCCACGCCCACGAGGAAUCAGAGGCGACCGCACGAGCAUCUCACACACAAGGAGUCCUACUUGGCCAACGACAUGCUCAACCACGGCCAGCUGGUGCGGAAACUGGGUUGCGCCAGCUACCAGAACCGUACUCUGCAGCGUUACUACGCCUUCAACACCUCGUUGGCCAGCAUCCUGGGCAACGUGGUGCACGGCGAGCGGACCAAGUACGCCAUUGCCCUGAUCCGGGGCAGCAAUCUCUUUGCCGCCGUGCUGAACUCCAGCUGCGACGGAGGAGCCUUCUGUCCGUGCAGCACCAUCGACCGGGAGUGCCUCAACUGCAAGCGGAUGGAUCAGACGGACUGCGAAUGCCCCUGCGAGUGCCCCAUGGUGGGGGACGGAAACACAUCCUCGUCCUUCGAGUACUACGCCAACUACACGCAACACUUCCCAUACUGUUCGCCUCCCAGCGAGCACUUUAUAGCCCUGCCCCCGACCACCCAGUUGCUGAGCGGACUGCCAAGUUGUGUGGUAGCGGGAGGCUGCGAAUCGUACUCCAGCCAAAGGGAGUGCCUGGGCGUGAUGGGCUGCGAGUGGUGCCAGCAGGAUGUGGAGGGAAAUAGCUUCAGUAACUCCUUCUGUGCCUCCCAGGCCAGCUGCUUCAACGGUGUGCUGGCUUCAUUGACGCCCUAUGGUGAGCUCGACGAGCUGGAGCUGUUAGCUGCCCAUAAUCCCCAGAGAGAGCAGCAUGCCUACUCCGCCUUUGGACCCCUCGGGGGUGCCGUAGUCGUCCUUGCCAUAGUCAUUGCGUUUGCCAUUUACUGCUACAGGCACAACUUGGAUUCCCAGGCCCAGGAACAGUUCUAUGUAGACUCCGUUCAGGAGGAGAACUACGGAUUGCCGCUGUCGAGAUUCAACUUUGACGACUGCAAGGCCCACGACGAGCCUCCGCUCGGAGGGGGCUACGAUCACACGGCCGCCCAGCGGCAGCUAAUGCAUGCGGCGGACAUUUCGCCCUAUCACGUCUCCAGCGGUAGCAGCUACCGACGACCGCCCAACGGGGAGUCCGAUCAUGGCUACAGCACCAUGACUCCGCACGAGGACAGCUCCGACCAGCAGUGUUUCACCUUGGCCGAGCCGCUGCUCCUGAACGAUAAGCGGCACAGCAAGUCGGACACCAUGUCCAUAUCCACCUCUAUAUCCAGUCCAACCAAUCGCCAGCAGUCUUCGACACAGCCCAACACUCAUCCCUACUUGAGCAAUCAGCCCACCUCGAAGACGGAGCGAUACAAGCAUCAGCAGAUGCAGGCCACGCCCUCGCCCUGUCGAGGACCACCGGGCGGCGGCGUCUAUGGCCAGACAACGCUGCCCCUGUGCGCCGUUGAAGGUGACGAGACGCGACCCCACUACAUACUGGCCCCAGUAACGGUGCAUCGGCACAUGGAGACCGCCGAGUCGUAGUCCACAUAGAACUGUUAAGUUUUAGUAGAGUAAGAUGUCCGCUUGUUUGCCAACUAAAUUAAGUGACCCCCACGGGCAGUUCAACUGCCGCCCACCCCCGGAAGUUGGGCCCCGGAUACCAUGUCGACUACAGUGUAAUCCACACCACGAAUGUCCACGAAUGUGCAUGUAUAUCUGUUACAACCUCUGAAAAGUGAGAGUUUAACACCAACAAUUUAGUGAUGACGUUGUUUCUGCCAUUUUAAUGUAUUCGAUUUAUAGUAUUUUAACAUAUGUAAUUUAUUGCAAAAAGUAUUACUACAUUAUGCAGCUACUUCCAAUAUUUUUAGCAUUUAUUCGAUAAGCACCAAUCAAUCGCAGAAUUGUACUUACUGCCCGCAAAGCAAUUGUACGACACGAUGCCGUACACGUAUACCAUUUUUUUGUAAUAAAUCCUAUGUCCAUAAA